AUGGGCGCUGCUUUGUUUUUUCCCCUCUUUCUCGCUCUCGCGCUCUCGGUUUUUGGCCUGGGGCGUCUCAAACCUGUCCAGGGUACCGACGAUUACUUAUUGGGAAGGGGAAAUGGUGACAAGGCGAACGGUUCCCAUCACCUGGCCAUAGCAAUAGCCAUGGCUACGGCCGUGACCGUCAUUUGGCAAGGCAAGGCCAGCAUAUACAGGCUUAGCUUGCGUGAGGUCACACAGGCGUCAACCCUGUCGGCCCACGUGGAGGGCGCGCCAGGCAGGAAAAAGAUGAGCACAGCAGCUCCAUUCAUCGUCGUGUGCUGGUCUCCGCGGCAGCCGAAUGGCCACAUGGGGGCCGAGUGGCUGCAGCUCGCCUUGCACACUGCUUCCGGCCCAGCCGAACUGCCAUUGGACAAAGAGCAGGUGCAGCACGAUACGAGUGGUGCGAAUGGGGCCGAGCUCUAG